AGCCUGCAGCUGCUUUGGCUACUAGACUCCUCAGGUGGCGGCGUUUGCAGUCGGGCUACGGAGGCCGGGUAGCCAGAUUACGGGAAAGUAUUUAAGAAGCUUGUGGAAUGAUAUGAUUCAGAGUAAUAUUGGAUCUACAAGAAGUCCCUCAAGAUAGUUGGAAAAGAAGAAUUUCUAGACUCUUCAUCAAGAUCUUCAUUUACACAGUGGUUAAAUCCAAGGCUCCUGUGGUAAAAUCAUGAAUAAAAAUACACCUGCUGUGGUAUCAUCCAGCCUACUUGAAAAGGAUCCUGCCUUUCAGAUGAUUACAGUCACCAAGGAAACGGGCCUUGGUCUGAAGAUCCUUGGAGGAAUUAACCGGAAUGAAGGUCCCUUGGUAUAUAUUCAGGAAAUUAUUCCUGGAGGAGACUGUUACAAGGAUGGACGUUUGAAGCCAGGAGAUCAACUUGUCUCAAUAAACAGGGAAUCUAUGAUUGGUGUAUCCUUUGAAGAAGCAAAAAGCAUAAUUACCAGAGCCAAGUUAAGGUCAGAACCUGCUUGGGAGAUAGCCUUCAUAAGACAAAAGUCGGAUGGCAGUCAUCUAGAAAAUCCAUCUUGUACAUCCCUUUUACAAGCUUCAGGAGAAUAUGGACCACAAGCCUCAACAUUUAGCCUUCUUCCUUCUCCCCCUGAAAUACUAAUUCCAAAGACUUCAUCUACUCCCCAAACUACAGAUACCAUUUUAUCUUCUUUUAGGAGAAAUCAGAUAAAAACUGGAUACAAGAAAACAGAACAGACUCCAAUUACUUCUUCAGAAAACAGCCCUACGGAUAUGUCUAAUACAGAUAUUGCCCCUGCCUGGACUGAUAAUUAUGGACCACAAGGAAAGAAGAUUUCCCUAAAUCCUUCUGUUCGCCUUAAGGCCGAGAAACUGGAAAUGGCUCUAGAUUAUCUUGGUAUUCAGCCCACAAAGGAACAACACCAAGCCCUGAGACAGCAAGUGCAAGUAGACCCAAAGGGGACAGUGUCUUUUGGAGAUUUUGUCCAGGUGGCCAGAAACUUGUUUUCCUUGCAGUUGGAUGAAGUAAAUGUUGGUGAAUGCGAAAUUUCCAACAUACUAGAUUCACAGCUUCUUCCCUGUGAUUCCUUAGAGGCAGAUGAAAUGGAAAGGCUUAAGCGUGAAAGAAAUGAUGCCUUGGAGGAAGUGAAUACACUCAAGGAAAAACUAUUUGAAUCAGAAAGGCAAAAGAAACAGUUGACAGAAGAACUCCAGAAUGUGAAACAAGAAGCCAAAGCUGUUGUUGAAGAAACCAGAGCCCUGCGAAGUCGGAUUCACCUUGCCGAAGCCGCACAGCGACAGGCACACGGAAUGGAAAUGGACUAUGAAGAAGUGAUCCAUCUGUUAGAGGCCGAGAUCACAGAUCUAAAGGCUCAGCUUGCUGAUUAUUCGGACCAAAAUAAAGAAAGUGUUCAGGAGUUAAGAAAGAGAAUCACAGUGCUCGACUGCCAAUUGCGAAAAUCGGAAAUGGCUCGAAAAACUUUUGAGGCAUCCACUGAAAAGCUUCUUCAUUUUGUAGAGACUAUUCAAGAAUUACUUUCUGAUAAUUCUUAUCCUUUAUCAAAUUUAAGUGAAAGAAGAGCUUUGUUAGCUUCUCAGACUUCCCUCACACCCCUGGGAAGGAACGGACGUAACAUCGCAGCAACACUGGCACUUGAAUCUAAGGAACUUGUUAAAUCUGUUCGGGCCAUACUUGACAUGGAUUGUCUACCUUAUGGGUGGGAGGAAGCUUACACAGCAGAUGGAAUCAAGUACUUCAUCAACCACGUAACACAGACGACAUCCUGGAUCCAUCCCGUGAUGAGUGCACUGAACCUGUCUUGCUCAGAGGAAAAUGAAGAGGACUGUUCCAGAGAACUUCCUGAUCGAAGAGUUGAUGGUCUUCUGUAGGAAGCAGAGCUCCAAGGUCUCUAACUUCUCAGUCUACAUGGAUGACUCCAACAUGCGAUGUUCUAAAAUAGGAGUAAAGCACACACUACUUAUUGAAGUUCUAAAAUGGAGACUCUGGGUUUAGUCUACUUUUGUAAGACUUUCUUUUUUUUUUUUUUGGACUGUGAUGAGCAUUUUUUUUAUUUAAUUAAAGUGCAAUUCACAUACAGUGUUCUAUCCGUUUCAGGUGUACAGUAUAGUGAUUCAGCAAUUCUGUGUGUUACUCUGUGCUCAUCAUGAUAACUGUACUCUUUAACCCCUUUUACUCCAUCCAUUCUCCUACCCGCCUCCCCCCAGCAACUACCAUCUUGUUCUCUGUAUUUAAGAGUCUGCUUUUGUGUUUGUCUCUUUUUUUCUUUGUUUGUUUGGUUUGUUUCUUAAAUUCUACAUAUGAGUGAGAGCAUAUGGUAUGGUAAAACUUUUUGAUAUAAGUGUGUACACUUACAAGAUCAAUUGCCACUACAGUAGUCCUUUAAGAAUAAUCUAGUUGUAUUUUUUGAAAUCAUAUAUAGAUUUUAUCAUAUGUAUAAUUUUUCAUAUACAACUUGAUUUGUAAUUUUAUAUAUAGUUCUUUAUAGAGUAUCCGAUACAACGGGUUUUUUUAAUUAAGACUUACCGGAAAAUUAUGUGAACACAGUGAAGCACUUCAUUUAUUUGAUGUGACUAACCUUUUAUGUUAGUAUCUUGGGAAAGUGCUCUGAGCAAGCUUUUGGGGGUUUCUUAAGGAUCACAUUUGGACAACUAUCUCAUUGGCUACUGAAUGCAGUUUACGUAUUUGUGGGACUCUAACUUACGAAAUGCCUGUUUUGUUCAACAUGCCCGUAAGGCAGAUCCAGUGGGUAUUUUUAUUCUUGUUUUUCAGUUAGGGAAAUAGUGGUUCAGAGAAAUGAAGCACCUUGUCCUAGAGCUGAGAUUUCACACCUGAGUCUUCUGAUUCCACGUCGAGCCCCUUUUCUCCUGCACCCCACUGUCCCUGCAGAGGGAGGUCACAGCCCAACACGCAGGCCACAGUGGCUCUGUUGAUACAGCUGAGCUCCACAGCUGUGCACUCCAGUGGCCACAGAGAUUCAAGAGGUACCUCUUCAGUCGGAUGUUGCCCCCACAUACUAUUCUCCUAUAAACUCAACCCCACUAUUCUCCUAUAAACUCAACCCCACUAUUCUCCUAUAAACCCUUCCACCUCCCAUACCCCCAAAUAUUCACCAAGUCAGGGUGCAGUUCUGUGAUGCCCUUUCAACAGGCUUCUUUCAGCAGCUCACAUUUUUCUAAAGUAAAGGGACUGGUUUACAUCAGGGGUCUGCCCUGCCAGAGGGAACAUUUGCAGGGAGUUAAUGAGAAGUGGGGCACCCGGAAUCUCCUCUGCUAUCUGGACACAUCCACGAACUCUCCCGCUGUGAGUUCAAGACUGACCUCAUGACUGCUGAUGUCACCUUCCAAACUGAUUACACUUUCUAUCUUCUGUUAUUUUGUUGUAACGAUGCCACAAGACAGCUCCUGGAAGGACUGAGCCAUUGACUUGGAGUGCUAAAGAUUUUCUUUUUAGUGAUUUAAACCUGGGGCUAGGAAUUGGGGCAGAGUGAGGACAAAGUCAUUUUAAAUGUCCCGGGUGUUAGGUACCAACUGAAUGAUAAAAAGGGAUUUGUUCAUAUCCAAUGUCCUGAUACCGUUAGGUAAUAUACUUAGGAAGAAAGUGAGUAAGAAUCAUUAAGUGAUCAGAAUACCCUGUUCUUAACCAUGCGUGGUAAGACUGAGAAAUUACUGUUUGUCACAGUGGCCUCUUCUUCCCAACCCCUUCCUCCUCAUUCCCUCUGAAAUACAAACAGGAAAAAGGAACCCAGCCUUGGGGAUCAUGUGAUUUGAAGAUAUUUUUUUUUUUCCCAAACAUCUUUUGGUGAAAAAGACCCAUUUUUCAAAUGGGCUUUCAAGCAGAAUCCCAAGAUAUGUAACAGGUUUUUUGUUUGUUUGUUUGUUUUUUUAAUAUUGUUACUCUGCUUGAAAUGAGAGAAGCCUGAAGCCCAAUUAAAGCAGCCCCCAGCAUGGCUGUGCAAACCUACAGAUCCUUAGAAGAUAGCAUAAGAUUCCUCAAUUAUAGCCAUUGUAUAGAUAAGUAAAUUGAGAUCCUAAGAGGUCACACAGUGAGUCAGUGGCCAGGUCAAGACAGGACCUAGAUCCUAAAGCCUCCUACUCUACUAAAUUUCAUAUGGCGCGUAAUAUAGAUAGAUGUAUGUUGUAAAUAUAGGUCUACGUUGUGAAUAUGUAUAGGAUUUAUAACUUACAUCUUGAAUAAUAACAUAAAUCCAGGUGGAUAGGUAGUCGUUAGCCCCAAGAAAAGUUUCAGAAUGGCUGAAGAAGGCUCAUGCUUCUCCUGACAGCUGUGUGAAUAUGAGCAAGCUUCAGGGAGACAAGUUUUGAGAGAAGCCCUCGAGGGAGCUCUUUCCUUGUGUCCCCCAGAGGUGAGUGAGAUUCUCAAACACCUGAAGUUACUUUUAUAAGUUAGUGUCUAUAAUUGUCAAAGUACAGACUUUUUGUUGUUAAAUUAAUGGUAUGAAAUUUCCCUCCCCCUGCUGGGAGUGUUUUUUCUAAUUUGUUUCUAAGUGAAGAAAACACAGAGGAGAUGCUAGAGUCACUUGAGAUCAAGCUCCUCAGGCAUGCAUUUUACCGACAGACACCUUAUAUGUUAACUUUGCUGGUUUGUGCCACUUUCUUCCUUGCUUCCUCAUGGAAUACCUCAUGGUAAAGGUCUUUGGAAAUUGUAAGGAUAUUUUUUGUUGAGCAUUUUGUACUACACAUUGUGAUGGGUAGUUUGCAUAGAUUAUUUCAUUAUCUUCCUAAAACAACCCCGUGAGGAAGAAACUAUAAUCCCCAUUUUGUAAAGAAGAGAUUGAGGGUUAGAGAGAGUUGCCAGUCUUUGCCUAGGGGGUCACACAACACCUACAUGUGGAAGCCAGGGUCCAAGACAGAUCUGGCACAGCCACUCUCUUAAACCACUCUGCAGAGCUGUUUAGAUCCAUUGUAUGUGACACUGGGGGUAGAGGUAGGGUCUGUGAGUCAGUUUUUCAAAGGAGCAGAUUCCAGUUCAGUGCAACAAGGAACUUUCUGAUAGUUGGGGCUCAUCAGGAAAGAAUUACCCUGUGGGAAGUGAAAGCACUGACCCAGAAAGUGUUCAAUCUGAGCUCCUUAUUAUGGGAAUGGUACUGAGGACGUUCAGGGUCUGAAUCGGCUGGACUGUUGAGCUCCGUCUGAGAUUCCUUCCUCUUUAUGACCUCCAAGCCAACAGAUAAAUGCCCAAGAGACAAAGAACCAUGGUGGAGACUCAUUAAGAAUCCUUAUCCAAUGCAAAUAGAACGAUCAGACUGUUUUUUAGAGAGUUGAUGUUUAUACAACCAGUUUUUCGUGAAUAUAAAUCAACCCUAUUAAUGUGAUAAACUUCUCUGUUGACCCACUGGCUCAGAUUCUAGGGUUAGAAAACCUUGAUGUUCUUACGUCCUUCCACCUCACUUCAUGAAAGAGUGACCAGGGUCGGUCAUCCUUACUCCUUUAUUCUGAGAGUACUUAGCAUCAACGGUGUGCCAAACAUAGUGCGAGGCACCAAGGCAGAGUAGGGCAAAAUAACCAUUUCCUGGGUCCUCUUACUCUUGGUUAAAAAUUAAAAAGCUUCUCAGGUGGCCAGAGUUGAACAGCUUGUUUUUAACUUUUGAAUUUUAAAAGUAAUCUAGUUCCAUUGAAAAAUCAAGUAGUAGGGAAUUGUAUAAAGUAAACAACAACAACAAAACUCAUCUCGCUUUCCAGAAGUAGCCAUCACGAAUACUUUGAUGAGUAUUUUUACUCAAAGUUAAUCAUACUGUUAAGCAGCUUGCUUUUGACGUAAUUUAUUGUGGUCAUUUUUUUUUUCAUGUCGAUGCAUAGAUUGUUCCAUUUCAAAUGUCUGCAUAAAAUAUCACUACCCAGAUAACUCAUAAUUUCUGCAGCCAUCAGUCUAUUUGAUGAACACUUAAGCUGUUCUGAGUUGUCUUCUGUUACAAACAAUGUCACAGUGAACAUCCUUACAGUCAGUAAAUCCUUUUCUUCAUAUAUGCAUGCACUCUUAUGCCAGUAGGUCUAUAAUGGGAAUACAUUCAUAAAAGUAAAUUGCUGUAUCAAAGAUUUGUUCAUUUUAAUUUUGGUAAAUAUUCAUAAAUUCUCCUGCAUUAAAAUAGAACCAAUUUACACCACCACCAAUAGUAUAUGAGAGUUUAUUUUCUAUAUAUGAUGGAACUUAUUUUAGUGCAAACAUUGCCAGUAACUUUUUUGGUUGUUUUUGUCCUUAGAAGAGUAAUCCGCUUUUUACUGUUAUCUAAGGACCUGAAUUUUUUUCAUCAUUAGAUUUUAGUUGUCCCUUAGCAGCAGAGAAUGCCUCGCUGUAUAUAGAGGAGUCUGGCAGUGACUAAUUCACUGUCAAACACAUCAUUACUCUCAUCUUUUUACUGACAUUUCCUACUUGUCUAUAAUGAUGGUGCAGACCCACUUUUAAAUGAGCUAACUUGGGGGUUGCCUGGGUGUCUCAGUUGGUUAAGCGCCGGACUUCAGCUCAGGGCAUGAUCUCGCGGUUCAUGGGUUUGAGCCCCACAUUAGGUCUGUGCGGACAGCUCAGAGCCUGGAGCUUGCUUCAGAUUCUGUGUCUCCCUCUCUCUCUGACCCUCUCCUGCUCGUGCUCUCUUUCUCUCUCUCAAAAAUAAAUAAACAUUAACAAAAUUUUUUUAAUGUGCUAACUUGGGUGAGAGCCCUUAGCAAAGUGUAAAACCCAAUGUAAACACACCUACAAGUUCUUUGAGGUUUCUCCAUCUGUAUAAGGAAGAGGGUGAUCCCCUGACUCUUGUCAAACCAAUUCAAUCAGCGACCAUUUUCCUAGUACCUGCCAAAUGCCAGACAAAUGCAAGGUCUUGAAGUUACCUUCAAGAAUAGUUCUGAUUCCCUAACCAAGAAACUCAUAAUCUAACACCUUUUUCCUUUCUUUCCUUUUUCCUCAAAAACCUUUUAUUUUUCCUUAAAGGAGUAAGAAGUCAGGGGUUUGUUUAGUAAGAACCCCUGAAGAGAGGCCCUUUAUCACUCUCUCAAAUUUGAAUAACUACAAAAUAAUAUUAACACCCCUUGACUAGAAAUGAAAGAGAAACAUACUGUGAGAAGGGGCUCUCCAAUAAUAAAUGCUGAGCAGCUGUAAAAAUACAGAGUCAAGUGAUACCUUCAUCAAGUGUUUGCAAAAUUAGAAAAUAUUAUCCCUUUUCUGGGGGUAAAGGGACAUUUUUAUUUUCUCUGCUAAAGUGAGCCACACCUUUUUCAAGUGCUAACAAACUUGAAUUUUACAAUCUACAGAAGAGAAAGAACUAACAUUAAAACAAUUUAUAUGCUCUAUUGCAUGUAAUUUUUGAGGAUUAAAUGAACUUUAAACAGAAUAUGCCCAUGGAACUUCACUUGAGAAAUAAAAUGCCCAAGAUGUUUUAACCACAGCUAUGCACAUGUAGUAUUAGUGUGCCUGUGUGACAAUGAUGUAGAUAUUGCAUGAAAUUCUGUAUUUGCUUUCUUCAUAUGACUUUACAUUGAACUGACAUUACUACUACUUUUGUUAAUUUUUUUUUUCUUAAGUUUGAUUUUUACUCUCAGGGGUCAGGAUGGUUGGAGGGAAAAUGCAGUCAGAUUAACAGCUCUCACCGCCCCCCAUCCCCAUUCCCCCAUCACUAAAUUAUCCUCUGUUACUUCACCCUAUUUAUUUCUUCUCCAUUACUUAUCAAUUUGUAAGGAUCUGUUGUUUAUUGUCUUCCUUAUUAACAAUGGGAGUAAGCUCCAUGAAGGCAGGGAUUCACCUGUCUUGUUCACACUGUAGGAAGGCUCUAGCACCAUCCAGGAGGAUCUUGCACAGUCCCUGCCAGGUAGUAGGUGUUUGAUACAUACUUGCCAAAUUGAAUGUGUAAUGAGCUAUCCAUAACCAAGGCUUAGUCCUGGGUUUAACUCUCAUGCAUUUGUAUUUAUUUCUAGUAGCACAAUGAGUGCUACUAGAUGUCAGACACUUUGCUAAGUACUAAGGAUGUGGCACAAAACAGAUGUGGUCCUAGCCCCCAUGUGAUUAUAUUUUAUGCAAAGGAAAUUCAACUGAAAUUAACCAAAGCUCUUUCCAUUUAUUUUCUUUCUCUCUCUUCUUUAUCACAUAUUUGAACUUCUAGACCAUUUAAUGUUCUUGCCUCAGGAAAGGGGUAUGAGGUCAGCACAGGCUCUUUUGAGUUUCAGAAGUCUGGUUCCUUAGGGCACUGGAUUUAGAUUAAAAGUUUGUGGGUGUACAUGAGGAGGAAGAGCAACGCUACUCCCUACCUAGGAAAUAAUUCCCAUGGCUGUAGGAGGGAAGAAAGAACAAAACUGUUGGUGGGACUCAGAGAAAGUGGGGCCACUUCUGGGCCACUUUCCAGGAGCAGCAAAACCCCAAUUAUAUUUGUUAGUUUUGAGAGCACAGGAGACCCAUUCCUCACUGUACCUAGGAUGGAAAUGAGUGCAUGGUGUGUUUAGGCAGAUGGAACCUUAGGCAACUUUAGUGAGCUUCCUCCAGCCCAGUGUGGUCCAGGUGGAAGAUCAGAUUGGUUUCCAUGAACCAAAAAGGUUCACAGGAGUAGCAGGAAGCCCCACAGGACCUGAGUGAGGACUUUUUGCAUUCAUGGCCUCUCAACAAAACCCAGUUUGAACUGUGACAUCAAGCCAUCUAAACGUAGAGUGCCUUGGCACUAGAUAAACCUCCUGGAGUCUAGCAGUAACUCCAAAGAACAGAGGGAACUGCAAGCUGGUGGAGACUAGUGUUGCCCAAGGUCAUUAAUUCCCUACUCCUGAUAUUUCCUUCCUCAUGAAAGAAACUCCUUUAGAGUAACACUCUUGGCCUAUCUCUGCCUCUGCCCGCUCAGGUAGUGACUUGCAUGCUCGGUGAGUUUGGGAUAAAGAAUAAAACAGGUACUGUUUCUAGAAUGCUUCUUAAAUAUAUUCCCUUUCCUGUGUUCCAAGAAAACACUGCCUAUUUGUUUUUUUAGGUCUUUCCCAUUUAUUACCUGGAUAACUGCAAUAUAGGCAAUAUACCUUCCUGGCUGUCUACCGCACCUGUCCCCAUCAAUCUUCCCACCACAUUUCUGUCAGAAUUCUCUUUCUGAAGCACAUAUUUGAUUCUAUUACCCCCUUGCCACUCUUCAGUAAUUCCCUAGCACCUAACAUUAUCAGAUCCUUUCUAUCUCUAUAGCCUCAGUUCCUCUUCAGAUUGCUUCCUGCCCUUCAACACACAUUUUCUGUUUAUCUCUUCCUUGAAGAUCUGGGCACCUGCUGCCGUCCCCAUGCCCAGCACUGGCACUCUACAGAUGCCACUUCUGCAUUUUUCCACAUGCGUCCAGCCCUCUUCCCACAUGGGAAUGGUGCACCAAGAACUUCUACCCCAAGAGGAGUUGCUGACCUGUCUGUCCACACACGCACUGGGUUACUACAUUUAUUUACUGUUUAUUUUUACCUGGUGUGCUGGGUUACUGAGUCUUAAAGGCUUGACAUUCGGUCCUACCCACUCUCUUUUGCUUCUUCUCUCCAUGUCAUAACGAAAACCAGAACUCUGGUUAAAGCCAGCUAUCUCUCACUGCAGCUGUCCCACUCAACACCAGCAGCUAGGUGAGUCAAUCAAUUAUCAUUGGGAGGGAAAUGGAGAGACAGAAAAUGGCUCAAAUAGUCUGUCAUUUCUUAUUUGUCUAUUUGAUGCUUUUGGGUGUUUUUAUCUAGAAUCCUGGAGGGUGAAAAGGUUAGCUAAAAGGAGUCAUGGUCUAAAUUCCCACCCCCUCCCCCUCUUACUGCAAACCUUUUAAUAAAGCCUUUAUUACACUACAUUUGCAAUUAAUUGGGGCACUAAAGGGAGGCAUAUGUCUCUCCUAGACUGAGCCCUGUAAGUCAAAGUCUAUAUGUUAUUUUUUUGUCUCUCGCACAAGACACAGUACGGUAAUCAAUAAAUAAUUACAGAAUACAUUUUUUAAUGUUAUAUUUGGGGGGGGGGGGCGCAGAGAGAGAGGGAGACAUAAUCUGAAGCACACUUCAGGCUCUGAGCUAUCAGCACAGACCCUGACACAGGGCUCAAACUCACAGACUGUGGGAUCAUGACCUGAGCUGAAGUCAGAUGCUUAACCAACUGAACCACCCAGGUACCUCUACAGAAUACAUUUUUAAGGUAAUUUAUUGUUUUCAAAAACUCUUUUAACUGUUUCCUGCUUCUAGCAGAGAAAGACAAAGUGAAUGAAAAAGAAAGUGAGGUGGGAGUUUAAGCCUGUCUACACUAGCCAGUUCAACUAAUGUUGGGACUAUAUAAUGGGUUUUGCUGAAGAAGGAAGUGUAUUCUACCCAAAUCUGGCCGUAAAACUCACAGUAUGAUCACAGUGGAAGGAUUAUAAAAGCACAUACUCAAACAUUGUUGAUUUUCCCAAGGUUUUGAAAAAACACAACAGAAUGAUUUUGGCAUGGAAGAGUAGAAAAAGCCUAAAAGCAAAAUACAAGGUUAGUGCAUUUCAAGGCAACAACAUUCAAACUUCUGUUCUUAGAGGUUAAUUAAUUAUGUUGCUGAAGAAUUGAUUUGGCACAAGGGAGCUAUGUGUUGCCACAGUACUCUGAAAGUGCAGAAAUUAUCCCAUCUAUAACUAAGCCCACCAGAACUGCAUGACUGUUGCUGUUUCACAGUGGAGAAAUUCAUCUUUCAUCAGCAAAAUACAGGAAGGGAAAACAAGAGGACAAAACAAAUUGGGUGGAUAAUAGACUUACCUUGGCAUAUAGACAGUCCAGGUCAGGUAUCUCUCUGAAAUGGGACAUGAAAUGAUGUUUGUAGGCAGAUUUAUAUACUAAGCAGUUUUACCAUUCAGGCAAGUAAACAAUGCAUUUAAUCUAAUGCCAGCUGUUUUAUUUUUGUGUGGGGAUCACAUGAGUUAUAUAGAGCCUUGUGAUCCCCACGAAAAAUAAAUAAAAUAAAAAGCUGGCACCAAAUUAAAUGCAUGGAUUACUUCUCUCAAUGGCAAAAGUGCCCCAUGUAAGGAAAAUCUGAAAGAAAUAGGGUGUGUGCGUGUGUGUGUGUGUGUGUGUGUGUGUGUGUAUACACACCUUGUGUGCAUACAUGUACCACAUAUACACACAGGUACACACUUUGGAGGAAUAUGAAAUAUUAAAUAGACUAAAGUCUACUAAAUUUCAAGAAUAUGACCACACUGGGGGUCCUUGCUCACCAAUGGAUUUCUUACUAUGAAUUAUAGAAGAUGAGAAGUCUGACGUUAUCUCCAUUUUCUCAAUGUUGCCAAGGUUGUUCAUUGAUUAUGUUCCUUCUGUCUGUUUUGAGUAGCAUAUUCUUGACUAGCAUUUCACCAAAUUUAAGACUCCAUCCAUUAUAAGACUUGCCAUUAUUUUAUGUAUCAUGAAAAAUGGGAAAAAAAAGAGAGCCAUUUAAAACUUGUCAUAGUACUUUUAAUUUUUGUCUUAUGGCCCCUUUAAGUAAAUCUAAGACCUGUUUGGACAUAGACUUUUAUUAUGUAUAUAUAGAAAGGAAAAUGAAACACAAAUAAAUUGUGAUAUUCC